AUGAAUGAUAAAACAUCAGUACCAUUUACUCUCAUUUGGCUUAAUAAUUCUUCAGAUAGUCUAGAAAAUCUUGAACUUCAACGAAAUUUUUCUGCAUUUAUUAAACAUUUAAAAAUAUAUAUAAAUAAAAAUGAAUGUGAACAAUAUAUACAAUCAUCGCCAAAACAACAACGAUUUGUUCUUAUAACUAGUGGUAAAAUCGGUCAAGAUUUCAUACCACGUAUACAUCAAUUACCACAAAUUGUUUCCAUAUAUAUUUAUUGUAUGAAUAAAAAAAUACAUGAAGAAUGGUCCAAAGAAUAUAAAAAAGUUAAAAACGUAACUAGUCGAACGGAAGAAUUAAUUAAGUUAAUUCGAUUAGAACAUGAAAAAUACAGUGAUAAUAAAGUAAAAGAAUUACUAUCUAUUAGUUGUUUUAAAAACAAUAAUGAACAAGAAGAUAUUAUCAAUGGAUUUAAUGGAGAUUUUAUUUAUAAAAAAUGUUUAAUUGAUUUUCUAUUGAAAUUCAAAGCAAAAGAUAACAUAACAGAUGAUUUUCUUUAUUUAUGUCAAGAAGAAUAUGAAGAUAAUCAAAUUGAAUUGGACAAGAUUUGUCUAUUUGAAAAAGAUUAUUCAUCUGAUCAAGCUUUAUUAUGGUUUACAAGAAAUAGAUUUCUCAGAAAAAUUUUAAAUAAAGGAUUUUAUAAUGAAAAUAUAAAUUUAUUAUUUUUUUCAAGAUUUUUCAUUCAUGAUCUUCAACAGCAAAUAAAACAAACUCAAAGUUCAACAUCAUUAGAUUUUUAUCAUAGUCAAUUUAUUUCAAUAGAUAUUUGUAAAAAAUUAAAAGAUUCUAUUGGACAUUAUAUUUUAAUAGAUUCAUUUUUUUCUGCAAGUAUUGAUAGUGAACAAUCACUUUCAUAUUUUGAUUAUAUUGCAAAUUCUGAAAAUUUACAACCAAUUUUAUUUGAGAUUAAAACUAAUCCAUUAGGAUCGUUUUGUUAUUCGUCAAACCAACAAGAAAUAUUAUUCGGUUUAGGAUCAAUAUUUCAUCUUCUAGAAAUUCAUUCAAAUGAAAAUCAAAUAUGGAUUAUUCGCAUGGAAUUAGUAGUCAUUCGAAUAUCAUGA